AUGCAAUUGAAUAACUUGCAUUAGAUAAACAUUGUACACGUGUAUGUUUUUUGAUUAUUAUUAUUGGAAUUUUUAUUUGUUAAAAAUUUAUUUAAAUGAUGAUUGAAAAUCGAUUCGAUUACGAAUUUCAUACGAUUGUUUUGGCCGGUGGCCGUGGUAGUCGAAUGAACCAUAUUUUACAUGGUCGACCAAAAUGUUUGCUACCAAUAGCCAAUAGACCAAUGAUUCAAUAUUCAUUGGAAUUGCUGCAACGACAUAAUAUUUUAGAGGCUUUUAUUAUCGUUUUAGACAAUGAAGAGCAUCAAAUUAAAAAUGCAGUUGCCGCUCUCGGUUUGGAUAUUCAAUUAAGAUUCAUUACGAUACCUCAUACUGAAGAUUAUGCUACGGCCGAUAGUUUGCGUGCCAUUCAUAAGCAAGAAAAGUUAACUAAAGAUAUUCUUCUUGUUUCGUGCGAUCUUGUAGCCGAUAUUGAUCUGGAUCGAUUUAUUGAACUUUAUCGGCUUCGAAAUUCCACUUUUCUUUGUGCCUUUUCUUCUCAGUUAUACCCAAAAGAAAAUCUAAUGCCAGCCAUCAAAUUGAGUGAUAAUAAAGAAUUCGAUUAUGUUGGUCUGGAUGGAAAUGAUUUAAAUCGGUUAGUUUUCUACGAACCCGAUGCUAUGUUGAAUGAUUCAAUACCAUUGAAACGUUCGAUUUUUAAAUCAUGUCCAUACUUACAGCUGAGAACCGAUCUAAUUGAUUCGCAUAUUUAUCUUUUUCGCAAUUGGAUACUCGAUUAUCUCAAACAUGAAACUGGUAUUCGAUCUAUCAAAUUUGACCUGUUACCAUCGUUGGUUAGAAAGCAAUUUCGACGCCUAAAUUCAAAUCGGUCAGCUGAAUCGAGUCGAUCGUAUGAAAACGAUGAACAAACCAAAAAGUCAAAACAUAUUAUCGAUUUCAUUCGUACGCCAGAAUUGGAAUGUUAUAUGGCCAGAAUAAAUCUCAAAAUAAGUGAUAAUGAUGAACAAGAAGAAUCAACAUUAUCAUCGAUCAAUUGUGGAGCUCUCAUUGUCAACACUGGACAUUUAGUUCGAGUGAAUAAUUUAACCGGAUUUUGUGAGGCUAAUCGAUUUCUAGUUGAUCAGAAAUCCACACAUUCACAAAAUCGAGGAUCAUUGGUCAGUAAUAGUUCAAAAUUGGGUGAUAAAACUUUGCUAAAACGAACAGUUAUUGGCAACAAUUGUACUAUUGGUGAUAAUUGUCAAUUUACAAAUUGUAUUAUACAAGAUAAUGUUACGAUCGAAAACAAUUGUAAAUUGAUCAAUUCGGUUGUCUGUUCCGAAGCUCAUAUAGAGGAAAAUGUUUUGCUUGAAAAUUGUCUAGUGAGUCCAAGAUAUCGAGUGAUUGAACAAAGUCGUUAUCGGAAUGAAUCAUUAAUACAAGAAAUGCUCGAUUUGAUUUGAUCGAAUAAGUAAAUCUAUUAUUUGUAAUAUGACUUUUUUCUCUUUUAAAUAAUAAUAUUAAUUGUGACAAAAAAAAAAACAAUU